CCCCCAACCCUGACAUGGUCGCCCGGCAAUUUUGGCAACAGACAGGCCCCGAAUAUUACGAGUUUCGCGCAGUCUGACUGCUCGGUUUCGGGCUAUGGGCUAUCGGUCAUGGCACUCAUUCAGAAUCAGCAGCAUCGGAGGGCUCCCAGGGCAUCUCGAUGGAGGGUGGCAUCCGAUGAAGAUCGCUUCAAGUUGCAAUGCAAUGGGUACACCCAGUAGAGGCACCAUACGUACCCCUACAGUACCGCAGCCCCGAAAAUCCCACGUCCGUAACGCGCGACCGGACAAAACAACGCUAAUGACGCCGGUGGUGUCUUGACCACAGCCUUGCAGUAGGUACUAUCUUUUUGCCCCGGACGCUGCACCCAUCAUCAUCGGCAUGGUCCAGGCUCUUUCUGUCGCCAUCACCCUUCUGCGAGUCAAAGUUCAACCGGCACCAGAAAUCCUUAUAUGUCCAGCACCGGGUUUAUGCUUGAAGCCCGGCCGUUUUUGUCGGGCAUGGAGCUCGCAAGCCCGUCACCUACAAGGUACGGUUCCAGUCUGCGACCGAGAAAGGAAAUCAAUCAGUGAGGUGGAAACUCGAGGCCCCACUCAACGUAAUUGGUAAGGUGGGAUCCUGUGGAGAGUUCGGCCGUGAAAGCACCUGCCCACUGGUGCUGCAAGUGUUCCAGUGGUGUUCCCAGCGGUGGUCCGCACGAUAUGCCGUUGUGGGAGCACUUUUGCAGCAGUGGCUUCGCUUUUUCCCUUGCCCAGCAAGGAUUGGCCGCCAAUUCCAGCCUAGCACGACGCGCCUGUCUACAGUAGCGUCGCAACGGCCAUUCGACACCUGUUCACAGUCAAGCCAUCGCGAUCCGCCAAUUAUCGCCGGUCUAGGUGGCAGCCGGCCCGUCUAGUGUACGGUGCAGAUCUGGGAGAUGAUGCUGCUCGAGAUCUCUCAGGGGAUGUGGUCUCCCAGGCCUCUCCAGCGGGGCUGUUCGUCGUCUUGGAAUUGGAUGCCCGGCAUGGCUGCAUGGCCGCUGCCUGCCUGCCCUCGGGGUUUCAGGGCCCCAGGCUGUACUUUACUUACACCUGGGAGGGACCGUUGGGACCACUGGGACUGGUUUCCC